AGGCUCCCAACAAUGUUGAGCUCAUAACCCUCGAGAGGCUUCCCGUCAAAUAAUGGAUCAAUCAAUCAAUCAAAAAAACCACAACAUGACAGCAGAGAGAUCUUUCGGAAAUCAAAGGGCCGAAAAUCAAUCCGUUGAUCAUUAUCAUCUCAUGAAAGUGCAACUAUUUAGUAAUGGAAUAAGCAAUAGUUCAAUGAUUCUCAUCAUAUUCAAAACAAUGAAUUAAUAAAUAUAUAUAUGUAAGUAUAAAAUGAAAUUAUUUGUAAUUUAAACAAUGAAACAUCAAUUUUAGAUAUUUGUCACUUUAAUUCUUUAGAACAUAGAGUUUAAAAUUAAUCAAUUAAAAUUACGUUAAUUAAAAUGAAGUUUGAGAAAUGCUAAUUACUUAUAAAAAGAAUUCCGCUAUCUCUUUUACAAAAAAAUCCUUAAUUAGGAUUAAAGCUAAAAUAAUCAGUAUGAUAUUAAAUUGCCUGGUUCAAUCAAAACAAAAUAACAAAAGCUCUCUGUAAAGCUUAUCUAAGACAAUGAAACAAAGAUAAAUAACAAUACAGAUAGAACACUAGAUGUCGUCUUUUCAAGAUUUAGGGCUUUUUCGUUCACAAUAACCUUGAGGCAGAAGCUCAAAGGAGAUACGCGCAUGCUCUCUCUAGCUGUCUUGUAAUUCAACGCUGCCUGCGCGUAACACCUUUGGGCUUCUUCCUCAGGGUUAUUGUGAACGAAAAAACUCUGAAUCUUGAAUAGACGACAUCUAGUGUUCUAUCAGCUAGUAUUGUUAUUAAUCUAUGCAAUAAAACUUUGAGAUAAAAUUGCAGAAAGGAAAGUAAAGUUGAAAUCAAAAAAUUAAAUGUUUCUGGAAUAAAUAGUAUUUAUUGCUCAAAUACCCAUGUGUGGAUCUUUGAGUUACAUAAAUUCUUAAUAAAUUACAUGUGUAAUGUUACAAUGUACAUAUUAAACCUAGUGUGUGUACACAUUUGUGACUGUAUACAGCUUGUACACACAGUGUACAGUGUACAUAACCACUGUUUUUAUCUGUACAGUAUCUGUAAAAAAUAUAAAUAAAAAUCUUCAUAAAACAAGAAUUUUGU